AUGGUGUCUGUCGUUUCCUUCUGCGACAGCAAGGGGAAGCCGAUCUUGUCUAGGAGGUACAGAGACGAUGUUUCAUUGUCAGCGAUUGACAAGUUUGCGACGCUACUGGCAGAAUUAGAAGAGGAAUCAAGCGUCGUACCACCCUGUUUGAGUCACAAUGGGACAUAUUUUCUCUUUAUACAGCAUGAGGAUCUUUACGUGGUGGCAUUAUCCACAUCUUUGGCAACCAACGCUGCACAAGUCUUCACAUUUCUACAUAAGCUGGUUGAAGCUCUCGGUGACUACUUGAAGACUGUCGAGGAGGAAUCGGUCAGGGAUAACUUCGUUAUUAUAUAUGAAUUGCUGGAUGAGAUGAUGGAUUAUGGUAUACCUCAAAUAACGGAGACCAAGAUGCUCAAGCAAUACAUCACUCAGAAAUCUUUCAAAUUGGUUAAGGCUGUCAAGAAGAAGAAAGCUUUGGCUAGACCGCCUGGGGCCUUGACGAACUCUGUCAGCUGGAGAGCCGAAGGGAUUAGUUAUAAGAAGAACGAGGCAUUCCUGGAUAUCAUCGAAUCCAUUAACAUGGUAAUGACGCAAAAGGGGCAGGUUCUUAGAUCGGAAAUCAUCGGCCAGGUGAAGGUCAGAUCUCGGCUUUCUGGUAUGCCGGACCUGAAGCUCGGCAUCAAUGACAGAGGCAUCUUCACGAGGGAUUCAGACUCUGGUGAAGAACAGGUGGCCAAGCCACCAGGGAGCAGAAAAUCAAAUGUCGAGUUGGAAGACCUGAAGUUCCAUCAAUGCGUGAGGUUGAGCAAAUUCGAGAACGAAAAAAUCAUUACAUUCAUCCCUCCCGAUGGGGAAUUCGAAUUGAUGAGUUACAGGCUAAGCACCCCAGUUAAGCCAUUGAUUUGGUGUGACGUAAAUGUACAAGUGCAUUCAAAGUCAAGAAUCGAAAUCCAUUGUAGGGUAAAGGCACAGAUCAAGAAGAAAUCAAUAGCAAACAACGUCGAGAUUCUGAUCCCUGUGCCCGAUGAUGCCGAUACCCCUUCCUUUAAAUAUUCUCACGGUGUUAUGAAAUGGGUACCAGAGAAGAGUUCUAUCCUUUGGAAGAUAAGAAGCUUUUAUGGUGGGAAAGAAUAUUCAAUGGCCGCCCAAAUGGGCCUGCCCUCGAUAGCUGCCACAGAGAAACCAACGUUUAGAAGGCCUGUGCAGGUCAAGUUCCAAAUUCCUUAUUUCACCACAUCUGGUAUCCAAGUGCGCUAUCUUAAGAUCAACGAACCCAAGUUGCAGUACAAGAGCUAUCCGUGGGUAAGGUAUAUUACGCAAAACGGGGAUGACUACACGAUAAGACUGAAUUAA